AUGGCACCGUCAGAGCUUCACAAACUGAGCUACUGGGAGGAAGUAUAUCAAGGGGAGAAGGAAAACUAUGAAGAGGCGAACAUUCAGCCGGAGGAAUGGUUUGAAGAAAACUGUGAUAAAAUUAUAAAUUGGAUGAGCAACCAUUUUAGUGAAGAAGAAAAAAAGGAACAAGUAGCCAUUCUUGAUGUCGGGUGCGGAAAUGGUCUAUUCCUACACAAACUGCAUCAAAGAGGCUUCGGCAAUUUAUGCGGUUUUGAUUUUUCCGCGAGCGCCAUUGAAUUAGCAAAGAAACUCUUCGUGGGAUGCGGCGGGGAAGGCGAAGAGGACAGUCGUAUAAAUCGUGGUGAAGAACCCACCGACGUUUACGUGCAAGUGCUAGAUAUUUAUAACAUCGAAGACGAAAUAAAAGAAAAUUCAAAAUUGAAGAAAAAAUAUAAACUGAUAAAUGACAAAGGAACAUUCGAUAUAUUUUUCAUGAAUGAUAAAGCGCAAGAAUACUUCAAACACGUAUCUUUUUUUUUCCAAGUGGAUACAAUCUUUUGUCUCACAUCGUGUAAUGCAUGCAAAGAGGAAUUACUAUCCAUCGUUAACCAUUUUAAUGAGACCAAUGGGAAAUUUCAGUUAACACUUUUUGAUGAAAUACGUUACGAAAGUAUAACCUUUGGGGGGGUGAAGGGGCAGAUAAUCACUACCUUAAUUUUUGCAUGUUCCUAA